AUGUCCGACUCUGGUUCUGGUUUGGAGCCCUCCCCUGUACAAAACUUGCAAGCCCAAUAUGCAAAAAUACAGCGCCUAUACCAGCAGACUCUUGACCGCUGGACGCCCCACAUGCUCAACCGCUGGCUCGCCUCUGCUGGCUUGUUGGCCUUAUUUCUUUUAAGGAUUGUAUUAGCUCAAGGGUGGUACAUUGUAUGCUACGCCCACGCCAUCUACCUUCUAAAUCUUUUACUCGCCUUUCUCCAACCGAAGUUUGACCCCUCGCUUCAGGAUGAUCUUAUGGCCGAUGAAAUUGAGGAGGGUGGAGAUCCCGCUAUAAGCCCCCUCCCCUCUCAGCGAGAUGAUGAGUUUAGACCCUUCGUAAGACGGUUACCUGAAUGGCAAUUCUGGCUCUCGUCCACUCGUGCCACGAUCAUCGCACUCUUUUGCACGUUCUCAGAGGUCUUCGAUGUCCCCGUUUACUGGCCAAUCCUCGUCGUCUACUUCUUCGUGUUAUUCGCUCUGACUAUGCGAAGACAAAUUCAACAUAUGAUCAAAUAUAAAUAUGUUCCCUUUGAUAUCGGUCGCAAGGCGCGGUAUGGGGGUGCCAAAUAG